AUGUCCGGCUCACAACGACCAAACCAAGGCGCAUCGUCUUCUUCCGCCGUCUCAACGCCUUCUGCGCUCUCCAGUUCCGAGACCUCCUACGUCAACAUGACCGACGUCGACAGCCGCGCGACCGACGUGUCCCUAACGGGCAAGCAUUGCCAGUACGAGUACUGUCGGCAGCUCGAUUUCCUGCCCUUCUUUUGCCAGUCGUGCCGCAAAACCUUCUGCCUCGACCACCGUACCGAGACCGCCCACCAUUGCGCACAUGAGGGUGCCUGGGCCGAGCGCCGGCGAAAGGCGCAGCUGGCCCGGCCCUCGGCGGGUGCCGACCGCACGAUGCGCGACCUCGUGUCCCAAAAACCGUGCGCGAGCCCGGCCUGCAAAACGGUCGUAGGCACAAGCCUCGUGCCCGGCGUGCACUGCAGCAACUGCAAUCGUGAUUACUGCUUGAAACACCGACUGCGCGAGGACCACAACUGCGCCAACCUGAAGCCGAUUGGCGCGCGACCGUCGGCGGGCGGCUCCACCAUGGCGGACUCGGCAGCCAAGGCCAAGUCGGCGCUCGACAAGCUGCGGGCGUGGGGCGCCGCCAAAAAGGAGCAGGCCAACAAGGCGAUACCGCGGCCAGCGGCACAACAGUCGGCCGCGGCGCGCAUGGCGGCGCUGACCGACCUCAAGAAGACGGCCAAGGGCGACGCUAAGAUCCCGGCCGAGAAGCGGCUGUAUCUGCACGUUGAGGCAGAGGCGGCGUCGACGCAGGCCAAGCUGCCCAAGGGCAAGUUCUACUACCAGAAAGACUGGGUGGUGGGCCGCGUGCUGGACGCUGCAGCCCGCAACCUGCAGAUCGACAACAUCAACAACAAAAGCUCCAAGGAAGAGGACAAGCUGCGCAUCUUCCAUGUGGAGGGCGGCCGGCUGCUCGAGUUCAACGAGCAGGCGGGCAAGGUGCUGGCCAACGGCAACACGAUUGUCCUAUUGCGCGGCGUUGGGCCACCCCCUGAGCUGAUCAACCUCUAA